AUGCGCUGGCUGCUGGUGCCCUGAGAGGCCCUGCACCACGUGGCAGUGACCAGGGCCACUCACGGCAAUGAGACAGCUAGCGCCUACCUGGCCCGGCACUGGUUGCAGGUCCCAGGGGAGGUGCAGAGACUCAGCUUCUCCACUGUGCCUGUGCUGCUGGCCAGCCCGGUGGCCUCAGCCGCCUGCUGCCGCUACGCGGGCCAUGACCUCAGUCAUGCCUUCACCGGGUCCUUCCUAAAUGCCAGGGCCAACCCAGAUGACCCACACGAGGUGUCAAGAGCCAGAUAUCUGAACCACCUGCUGGGGCCCAAGGCCUCGGGCCGGCCUUCUACUUAUCCCAGACCUUCACAACACCAUGGCCUCACCUGGAAGGCACCUACAACGUUUAUGCCAUGUACCUGUGCCACCACCUACAGGGUGCUGCGGGCCAACGUUUUCACCAGGAUGAGGGUCCUGGUGGCCGCAGCUAUAGACUUCAUCGAGCUGUUCAAGAGACCCCCAGGAGGGCCUGGCAUGGAGAUGGAGGCAUACGGAACCGUAAGCAGCGUGGACUUCCCACGCACCGAGGCCGGGGACCUGGCCGGCACCGUGCACCCUCAGCUGCGGGACUGAGACUUCGAGCCACUGCGGCCUGGCGCACCCAUCUUCCAGAUGUUCAGCGGUGAGGACGUGCUCUGUGAGGGGGAGUCUGCCAUGGACCCUGUGUUCAUCAACGAGGUUGCCUACUACGAGGAGGGCAUUGCCUUCCUCCAGACUGAGAGGCUCACGUUCUCCGUGCCUGCCCUGCCCGCACUGGCCUCCACCCCGCCAGGGUCCCUAAUCCAGGCCACACCUGCCCGACCUCAGCCCGCCCUUCUGAACAGUGGGUCCUGA